GGCGGGGAUUGGUCAGAUCAGAGUCACAAGUUUAUGUGGGCGGAAAAAAAUAGUGUUCUGUACUGCCCUCCUCCGGUCUAGACAGAACAAUUGAGUCUGCGCUUCAGGGAAAAUGGUAAGUUGUUGCUGAGGUGGGUUGAAAAACCUCAAUAAAUGUAUUUUGCUAGGGCUUAUUUUCAAGUAGCAACCAUUUGACACCCUCUGCCUGUAUAAUCGCCUCUUUAAUUCGAAAUGAGUUUCGCUUUCUGUACAAUGUUUUUAAAUAUGCAGUUGUUCCACCCAGCUCAUUGUGAUAUACUGCAACAUGUGACGGUAAGGAGCAUAGAUAGAUAGAUAGUUAGCUAGCUGGCUAACUGAUAACCCCAUGCAUUGUCUGAGAAAGUUAGCCACAUCAAAUUCCAUUGUAAUUACCCUAGCUUCUCGAUGAAACCAGCUAAUUUCAGAUCGUCAAAGUGCCGUGACCAUUCUGUGUCAGAUUCUAUGCGCUUUGUUGUAUAGAACGCAAGCCAGCUAGCUAGUUAGAUACGCAUUUCCUGUAGUUUGCUAGACCUAACUAGCUAGCUAGCUACAUUUGGCUUCAAGACAAAUUAAACUCGGCAUUGUCAGGGAUGCGCAUCUCUCGUAUUUGACAGUACCACAUAUUUAUAUAACCCUGUAGUUGCUAAAUCAUUGCACGUCGUUAUUUCCUAUUACCUGUCAAAUCAAAUCCAGAGCAGGCCAUUGAACAAAGGAAUUUAACCCAUCAUGAACAAUGAUUCUGGAAUGUUAUGUAAAUGAAGAUGCCUGCUCAUUCCAAAAAGACACAUAAAUGAUCAGGUGUGAUCAUGGAUGGCAGCAAUUAUUUCACAAGUUAAUAGAAUUUGCAAGUUCAGAGACAUGAUAUCUAACGCUUUGAGGUGUGAAUGACCAUCAUUAUUAUUCUGUAGGCUAUCAUCAAAAGUUCCCAAUCAUGUGUUAGAGGGAUCUGAUCUCCUUUGAAAUGAGAAAUCAUAACAAUCCUUAUUCCUGUUCCCAUAUUCAUAAAGCCUUUUAGAGUAGGAGCGCUGAUCUGGGAUCAGGUCCCUCCCCUUGUCCAUGUAAUCGUAUGUAUUAUCUAAAAAGCAAAACGGAUCCUAGAUCAGCACUCCAACUCUGAGAGGCUUUAUGAAUACAGGUCCAGAUAUCUUUCCUUCUAUCUGUUACUUUCAGAGCGAAUCACUGGUUGUGUGUGACGUUGAUGGAGACCUAGUUAAAAAGCUACGGGAGUUCCGCUUCCGGAAGGAGACUAACAAUGCUGCUAUCAUCAGUAAGUAUCCUCUUAAUCCCAAAUCUCAGUAAGUAUCCUCUUAAUCACAAAUCUCAGUAAGUAUCCUCUUAAUCACAAAUCUCAGUAAGUAUCCUCUUAAUCACAAAUCUCAGUAAGUAAACUAUUAAUCACAAAUCAGUAAGUAUCCUCUUAAUCACAAAUCAGUAAGUAUCCUCCUAAUCACAAAUCAGUAAGUAUCCUCCUAAUCAUAAAUCCAUAUCCUCCUAAUCAUAAAUCAGUAAGUAUCCUCCUAAUCAUAAAUCAGUAACUAUCCUCCUAAUCACAAAUCAGUAAGUAUCCUCCUAAUCAUAAAUCCAUAUCCUCCUAAUCAUAAAUCAGUAAGUAUCCUCCUAAUCAUAAAUCAGUAAGUAUCCUCCUAAUCAUAAAUCAGUAAGUAUCCUCCUAAUUAUAAAUCAGUAAGUAUCCUCCUAAUCACAAAUCAGUAAGUAUCCUCCUAAUCAUAAAUCCAUAUCCUCCUGAUCAUAAAUCAGUCAGUAUCCUCCUAAUCACAAAUCAGUAAGUAUCCUCCUAAUCAUAAAUCCAUAUCCUCCUAAUCAUAAAUCAGUAAGUAUCCUCCUAAUCAUAAAUCCAUAUCCUCCUAAUCAUAAAUCAGUAAGUAUCCUCCUAAUCAUAAAUCAGUAAGUAUCCUCCUAAUCAUAAAUCAGUCAGUAUCCUCCUAAUCAUAAAUCAGUAAGUAUCCUCCUAAUCAUAAAUCAGUCAGUAUCCUCCUAAUCAUAAAUCAGUAAGUAUCCUCCUAAUCAUAAAUAAUCUAAAGUUGAUAAUGUUGUUUUUGCUUCUACACACAUAUGGUGCUAGGGUCAAGUGCUUGGGAAGGAGCAACAUAUUGACUGUUGAAGAUCUGAGGAACAUUUUUCCUAAAUAUUUUUUUGUGUUUUCUCUUUCUCAGUGAAGAUUGACAAGGACAAGCAGCUUGUCAUCCUUGAUGAAGAACAUGAGGUAAGUUGCCAGAUUGGUUAUUGUAUGAUGACGUCAGUGUUAUAAGUGUCUUAUCCACACACCUCUUAUAGCAUCUUGUAUGAUGUAGCAUGGAACCUACUGUCGUAAAGUACAUAUUUAACCGUGCUUCUGCAUUGCUUGCUGUUUGGGGUUUUUAGGCUGGGUUUCUGUAUAGCACUUUGUGACAUCUGCUGAUGUAAAAAGGACUUUCUAAAUAAAAUGUGAUUUGAUUUGAACCUUGAUUUUCCUCUCUCUCAUCCUAGGAUAUUUCUCCUGAUGAUCUGAAGGAUGAACUGCCUGAAAGACAGCCAAGAUAUCCUUUCAUCUAUGCUGAACCAAAAUAGAUGCAAAAUUUUACUGAGUUACAGUUCAUAUAAUGAAAUCAAGUCAAUUGAAAUAAAUUCAUUAGGCCCUAAUCUAUAGAUUUCACAUGACUGGGCAGGGGCACAGCCAUGGUUGGACCUGGGAGGCCAUAGGCCCACCCACUUGGGAGCCAGGCCCAGCCAAUCAGAAUGGGUCCCCCCCCCCCCCCCCCCACCCACAAGUCUCCCAUUGGCAUGAAUGCGUGGUUUUUUUAAAAAGUGAACGUUUUGAGCACAGUCAAAUCGCUGCUAUCAUCUUUUUUAUUUUAAUCCUAAAAAUUCUCCUUAACCCCCUUGUGCACGUUUGUGGUGUAUAGCUACAAGUACCAACACAACGAUGGACGAGUUUCUUACCCCCUCUGCUUCAUAUUCUCUAGUCCAGUGGGUAAGAUAAGAUCCGGUCCUCAACAUCCCUGUAGCUACUAUAUCUGUAACCACACGUUUUGGCCCCAUUUUGUAAAAGAAAGAUUUAAUUCAGUCUGCCGUUUUUUUUUUUUUUUUUUUAUACCCGAUGAGGUCAUGGUAACUAAGGUUACCUUAUUAUUGGAUAGUAAGAUAUGUUGUUUUCGUUGGAAGUGAUUUAAGACAUGCAUAGAGCGGGUUUUAGUUUGACCCCCGUAGAGAGACAUAUCGUUGUAUUUCCUAAUUCUAUUUCUAUUUGUUUUGCCACGUCUCUUUUUCUCAGGAUGCAAACCCGAGCAGCAGAUGAUGUACGCUGGAAGCAAAAACAAGCUGGUGCAAACCGUCCAGUUGACUAAGGUUAGUGACCAAACUGUUUCUUUCAUCUUUGGAGCUCAAAGCUAUCUGGAUUUAGUAAUAACUAGUACUAAAUCCAUAAAUUAUAUUAGUAUGUGUUUACAUGAACUUGGCUUCAAGAUGUUGACCUUAUAGCUUGUGAAAAGGGGAGUUAUCAGUCUAAUAUCGUCUCCCCCUGUCAUUUCUUCCAGGUGUUUGAGAUCAGAAACACAGAGGACCUGACAGAGGAAUGGCUUAGAGAGAAGCUUGGGUUCUUCGGUUAAGACGAGGCCAUUUGGUGAUCUAGUGGACUGAAUGGUCUAGAGGAGGAACAAGACACUUGGGAAGAAAACACCAUACCUUACGUUUCCCUCCUCUAUGUACCUAUUCCCAUACAAUCUCCCUCUCCCCUUCAACAUGUGCCAGUUUCCUGUGUCUGUAUAGAAUUAACAUUACCACUCCUACUGAGGUGGACAGAGCAUUCCCUCUCCUACACGAGCAAAACUCAAGGAAAAUUGAAAGGAAUUGUCAUGGCGGCAAUUGCUUUUGAGUUUGAGUUUUGCUUGUUUAGUUUACAUAAUUAUGACUUGAUAGAUUAGAUUCUAACCACUUUUAUUUUUUUUGGUCCUAUUUUUAUUUAUUUUUAUACUGUAAUCAAAAGGAUGGUUCUGGAUAUUAAGAGGGGAGCUUUGAUUUGGGGAGCUGUUUUUUUUUCUUCAAAUUAAGUCAUAAAUAUAUGACUUGUGGGAGGAUCCUGGGUUGUGAAGAUAAUACACGACUUUGAUUCUUCUUUAUACAUUUUCAAGAUGGAAGUGCCUCAAGGCUUGAAGCACUUUUGACCUUAAUCACACAAUCAUAGCCAUACAUUUUACAUCCAAAUUCAAUGUAUCUUUGAUUAUGUUGUGUGGAAUUUCUCAUUCUGCUUAGAAAGGUAGGUCAGUAUAAAGAAAUAAAUUCAUUUUUCACUCACUGAUUUAAGUUUAUAUGACACAAGAUGACAACAAAGGAUCUUAAUCCAAAUUACAAUACUAUAAAAAAACAGCUAAAAUUCUAUUCACCAUCUGGUUUCUGGGUGUAUACGUUCUUAUUGCAGUUGUUCCGGGGUAAUGGAAUUAUUGAUGCUAUUGGUCGAUAAGUAACAUUUUAAGAGGCUGCAGACUGUUUUUGAGUGACACAAAGGACAGUUAGAUAUCUCUGUUCAUCUUUGUUUAGUGGAGAAUCAGUGUGAUUCUUAGUGAGACUUUGCAGUGAGGUAAUGUUUUCACCCCAAAUGGUACACUAUUCCCUACAUAGUGCACUACU